AUGGUUCCGUUUCUUAUGUCGAAGCUUGAUUCAAAUGGUAGUCAAUCAGAGAUUUCAAAUCAAGAUGAUGUUUUAUCCCAUCGACUGGCCCAAAAGAUAGAACCGUCGGAUAAUGUUGAUAAAGCGGCGGAACCACAUGGUUUACAACCGAGAAUGAGUAAUUCUUUAGGAAAUUAUGAACCUAGAGAUCUACCAACACGAACCGGUCCGGGCGAAGGAGGAGUCCCCGUCAUCCUAUCACCAGCUGAAGAGCAGGCAGCACAAAAAACAAUUAGUCAAUAUGGCUUUAAUAUGGUUGCAUCUGAUAAAAUAUCUAUGGAUCGAAGCAUCAAAGACACAAGACCCGCCGAGUGUAAAAAUUGGAUAUAUCCAGAACCACGAUAUUUGCCGAAAGCUUCGGUCAUUCUGGUUUUCUUUGAUGAAGGUUGGAGUGUUCUACUACGCACUGUACACAGUGUUAUCAACACAUCACCCAAAGAAUUACUAAAAGAUAUAAUUCUAAUCGAUGAUGGCAGCAGUGAUCCUGAUUUGAAAGAACGAUUAGAGAAAUACAUCGAACGUUGGAAUGGUCUAGUCAAAUUGUAUCGAACAGGACAACGAGUUGGAUUGAUCGCAGCUCGUACACUUGGUGCAGAAAAGUCAACUGGUGAUGUAAUCGUCAUUCUUGAUGCUCAUUGUGAAUGUGUAACAAACUGGCUUCCACCAUUAUUAACGCGUAUUGCAAUGAACCGUAAAGCAUUAGCUGUGCCAAUCGUUGAUGGUCUCGAAUGGAAAACAUUAGAACAUACAAAUAUUUACGGUUCAGCCAAUUUUCGAGGCAUAUGGGAAUGGGGAUUUUUAUACAAAGAAACUGAAGUGCCUCCACAAGAAUUGAAAAAAAGAAAACAUCAAUCAGAACCAUAUUGGUCACCAACUCAUGCAGGCGGUUUACUAGCCAUCGAUCGUCAAUGGUUCUUUGAACUAGGUGCUUAUGAUCCUGGCAUUCGCGUAUGGGGUGCUGAGCAAUAUGAAUUAUCGUUCAAAGUCUGGCAAUGUGGUGGUGUCGUCGAAUGGGUGCCAUGCUCUCAUGUUGCACACGCCUACCGCGGCCCACGAAGUCACUCCUCACAUGUACCUGGCACAAGUCCAUACCAAACAUCUAUUAAUCACAUGCGUUUAGCUGAAGUUUGGAUGGAUGAAUACGCGGAAUAUUAUUAUAUUCGCGAACCGGCGAUUCGCUCAUUGAACUAUGGCGAUGUAUCCGAAAGAAAGAAGUUAAGAGAAAAAUUGCAAUGUAAACCAUUCAAAUGGUUUAUGGAAAAUAUCGCUUAUGAUGUUUUGCAAAAGUUUUCACCACCACCGAAAAAUGUCGUUUGGGGAGAAUGUAAAAAUAUCAAACAUUCCGUUUGUCUGAAUGAUCGAGGUGCUUCAUUUGGUCAACCGAUCGGUGUUAGUGGAUGUUACCGACAAGGUGUAUGGCGUCUGAAUGAAGAAGGCGAAAUUUCAUCCGGUGAGCAUUGUUUCAUAUCCGAUCAUGACAUAAUCAAGAAAAAGUUCUGUCUGGAUCAUAAUGGCCGAUGGAAUCCCGUUGGCGAAUGGCAAUACGAUAAAGCAACCAAACAAAUUCGAAGCAAUAAAGAACAUCUGUGUAUGGAAACAAAUGGCAAUGAUUUAAAACUUAAUAAAUGUGACGAAGCGAAUGAAGCACAGAAAUGGAUUUGGACGGAAAUUCGCUAUUGA